CACUGCGGAGGAAGGAGGAGCUGUCCGGACAUGCAGCGCGUGGACAGAGAGCCCGGGGCUGAAGAGCGGAGUGACCGGUGUGACCGGAGUGAGGGGAGUGAGGGGAGUGCGCACAGCGCGGCGCGGCUCAGCUGCAGAACCCGCAGCGGAGAAUUCAGCACAUGCGGCCGCUGCCAGUCGUGUGUGUGCACCGCUAACCUGUCCGGGUCAGCGCAGUGGCUCCUCACAGCCGGAGAGGCGGCGAAGCGAAGGUUCCUCACUGGGAUCUUGGUGCGAUGCCGGAGCGUAGAGAUACUGGAAAAGGUCCAGAAUGUUCUUCGGGUGACUUUGGGGAAAGAUUUCACUUACGCCAGGUCUCAUGUUAAAGCGGUCAGCCAGGAGGAGUUCAGAGACUGCGGCUGUGGGAUGAGCGUGAUGGACAUGUGGGAGUGGUUCAGUAAGAGUCCCAACUGGACAAAGUCGAGCUAUCUGUUGGGAGUCUUGUCCCUGUGUGACACCGAGCUGCUGCACAUGCUGGGGAAUCUAGUCAGUGUCCUCAUAGCUCGAGAGAAACGAGGUUUUCCACAGUUCAACACGGUUUCAGCAGGCAUGGAUGACGACUGCAGCUCUCUGUCAGAAUCACAUUACUCCUUCCAUUCUGGUGAUCAUCCAGAGCUGGAUCUUCUCAUUCAGGCUAGCUCCAUCUACAAACCUCUGUAUGAGUGCUUCCCUCAUGAAACCCAGGAUAACUGUGCAGCUGAGAUUCUGCACAGAUUAGAACCCACAAAGAAUGCAAUCUGGAGUGAGCUGGAGGAUGUAACUUUCAGAGCUCAGAGGGGAAAAGACAGUGAAACACACUCGGACAGCUCCGAGGAUCCUGCCCUCAUGGUGGUCCCCCUGUCUUCCAAAUCCAUGUCAGGGGUCAGCCUCCACCGAGACUUCAUUCGAAGGCUUCCAGUCGAUAUCGCCAAGAGGAUCUUAGGUCUGCUGGACACAGCCACUCUUCAGCACUGUAAACUCGUGUCUCAGCACUGGCGCUACUUAACAGAGGAAAUCCUAAGAGAGAAUGAAGUGAAGAAAAUGGUGGAAAACCAGGCAAUGGUUUUGCAGGGUAGCUCUUCCCCUGGAGUUAAUCCUGUUUAUGCCAGGAUCCGUGAGGUCCUUGUGCCCCUCAGAGAAGAGGAGAAGUACAUUCAACCUCUGAUGAUUUCCCCUAAAAAUAAGAAGAAUGUCAGAGAUUUUGAGUCAGUCUAUGUAGGUGUUAAAACCAAGGCAGUGAAAAUGGAGGAGCGGAAUGUGUACUGUGGAGUCUUCAACAUCCUGGUUCUGCUGGACAGAGAGGACCCCAGCAGAGUGAUCCAUUACAGUGGAGGCCAGAUGGUGGUGGUGGGCUCAAAGGACCGCAUGGUACACCUGCUGGAUGUCACACUGCUGAAAGAAGUCCCACUGCUCAUGCAGGGCCAUGCGGGCAGCGUCCGAGCUGUCCUGGUCUGUGAGGAAAGGGAUUUGGUCGUCAGCGCCAGCUACGACCUCAGCAUCAGGUGCUGGAGCCUGAAGACAGGAGCAUGUACCUUGCUGCUAUGGGGGCACAUGGGUACCAUCAACUGCCUGGACCUACAUGCAAAUCUUCUAGUUUCUGGGGCCAGAGACUGCAGAGUGAAAGUGUGGAACCUGCAGACUGGUCACUGUUGUGAGAGGCUGAAGUUUAGGCACCGUAAACCUGUAGUGUGUGUGAAGAUCAGUGCAUCUCUGGUGCUCAGUGGCUGCGAGGGAGGCCAGGUAAAGAUGUGGGAGAUGGAGACAGCAGGUCUACUGAAGGUUGUAGAUGGUCACCAAGGCUGUGUGAAGUGUCUGUUCUUUGACCAGUGGCAUAUCCUGUCUGGAGGGUCAGACGGGCAAGUCCUGGCGUGGAGCACAAACUCUGACUUUAAAAAGAGCCUCAUGACCUUCCACCACCCAAAGGAAGUGCUAACCCUGUCAUUCCUCUUCCUGCGGGUCAUCACCGGUUGUGUGGACGGAAAGAUCCGGAUCUUUAACUUCCUGACUGGGGACUGCUUUCGAGUCAUCAAAAUCAGCACCCACCAGAGCCCCAUACUGUCUCUACACACACACGGCAACAAUAUCUUGGUGAACAGCAGCAGUCGUGUGUUGCUGCUGAGGUUUUCUCAGGAGUACUGGGACUACUCUGCUCGGUCUGAGCGGGGGUCUGGGCCUGCUCUCCAUCUUCCUCUUAAUGGCAUUCCUGAACGCAAGGCUCUCUCAGGCUCAUCCAAACCAAAGACCUGCAAACGGGACGGGAGAGCCAGAGCACGAAUCUUUUCCCACCACAUCAGGAGCGUCUCAGCCCCCAGCAUGCAACAGGUCCACGCUCCCCAGUCCAUACAGCUGGCCACGUGGAAUGAAUGGCACGACCAGCAGACCUCCAGCCUGUCUCCCAGCAGACCCAUCAGUGGACACAGCCGGGACACCCAAACGCCCAGGAGCACAGCCACCGGCUCAGAAAAGCUGUACGAGAAAUAUGCGAUGACCCCCAGUGAGAGAGCAGUUCGAGAUCGUGUGAAAAAGAGAGGUGUCCAUCGUCCCAUGACUGCUCCCCAGAUGCUUUUAAAGGUCCAUCCGACUCAGCAGCAUCACAGCUGCGACCUGGCCAUGUCCAAUAUGAGGUUGAAUGCUGCAGUGCGGGACGCCUGGGGUCCGCCUUCAUCCGGUUUAGAGCCCCAAACCAAAACACCUCCCCCUUCUUCACCCAAUAAGGCCCCUAAACGACCACAUUCGACCCCUAAGCCCCAUGCUGAAUCCUGCUAUAAAGGUACAGUUAAAAUCUACACCCCUCUGAAGACCCACAUGGUUGACCAGAGUCUCCAGCAUUCCCUGCACUCCAUACAUGUUCGCUCCACCAUCCCUUCCCAGAUGUUAGUCCGACCUCAGACUGGACUGGGCAUCCAUGAGCCACUAUCCCAUCCCAAGCCCAAAUCCAGACUCCCCCAGACAGCCUGUGGUGUGCGUAAGGUUGGUGCCUUCACCACCACCGCUGAGGAAGAUGUCCACAGUCCUCAGAAGAUGUUCAUGAAGAUUAUAGUAAAGAACCCAGGCCGCCAUGUUGACUUUGACCUGCCUAGUAAAUCCAGGACCGUACACAUCCCGCUGGAUCCCUUCAGAGAGCAUGGAGGCUUUCAGCUGAAGACGGACACAGAGCUGGAGGAACUCAUACAAACACAAGCUCAGCUACAUCACAUGCCCACACACACUGCAGAAGACAAUGAGAGGCAGUGUAAGACUGCCUGGAAACUGAAAAUCAAAGGCGUGCCACCUAAUGACUACAAGAAAGAGGACCAAGUGUACGCCCCAGAGCUGGGGGAGGAUACAUACAUUUGAUCCACCAACAGAUGGCAUACUGUGCCUUGUCUGGCAUAAAUAUUAUCAGUUUUGUAACAGAACCUUGAUUUUAUUGUAUGUUAAAGGGGGCAUUUUCAAAAACUCUGUGUAAUUCGGUGGUAGAGAUGUAAGCAGAAUCCUUCAGAGUGAUUUCACUGUGGAGAAGCUUACAGGCUAAGGUUGUUCUUUACAGUGGUGGUGAUAGGAACCAGAAGUCACAAUAUCUACAACACAAAUAUAGCCAUUUUAUUUACUAUCCAAAACCAGUGAACUAAAAUGUGUCUUCUGAUUUUUUACAUGUAAUUCAGCCUUAUAUUGUGCUGCAUGUUUCACUCUGUCCUGAAUUAAUUUAAAAUAAUGUUUUAAGCCAUGAGUGUUUAGUCUUAUCUGCAGAGGGCCAGUGUGGCUGCAGGUUUUCAUUCCUACAAAGCAACCUGGACAACCUUGCUUUAGAACAGGGGUGUCAAACUCAACCACUAAAAGGGCCAUAUUUCAUUUCAUUUAACAUUUUGCUUUGACCCAAACUGGCCUUUGUUUUUUUUUUCAAAAUAUGCCACAAUUGCAACAGGAAAACAGGCAUUAAAUACUUAUUCAGAAAUAAUUCUAAAUAAAUUGUUUUAGGUAGUUCUUUAAACUGCAUAUUUGCUUGAACUAGACACAAGGCAUCUGGACCAUGGAUUGUUGUUGGGGAAAGGGGGUCAGGAUGCACACUGCACACGAAACCAGCUAAUAAGAAUAGAAAAUUAAAAUAUUUUUGUUUUGCCAAAUAGGACCAUGCCAUGGGUCUGACACAUGGGUUUUAGAAGCUUAUCACAAAACUAUGGCAUCAGGCAAAGUAUUUGUAGCCACUUCAUGUAGUUCCUUUCUGUGUGGUAGCUGUUUGGAGCAUUUCAAACCUCUUACAGUCACUUUGUUUGUAUUUUAAUCAUAUAAUUAUGCAGAAAAAUGGUGGAAUUACCUCUAAGUGUGAUGAUAUUUUUGGACCAUUUUUUGGUCUAGUUAUGAUGAUAUAAUCACAAACUAUGAAGUGUGGCUUGAGUUUUUUUUUUUAAUUACAAGGUUUUAAUAUGAUAGUAACAAUAAAUAUGACAGGUUUAGUAUAUUGUCACUGUUGGAACAAAACUUUGUAUCUUAAUUUUUGUCCCUUUAUAUUUUUCAAUAGAAUUUGAAAAUGUCAGCUGUCCUUUGUGCUGUAUGUUGUAUGAAGAUUUUGGAAUGAAUUGACUAAUAGAACAGAAAUACUUCUAUAAAUACUACUAUAAAUAAUAA